CGCCGCCGGGCCACAGCCGCCCGCGCCUCCUCUUCCCCCUCCAUCCCCCCCACCAGCGGAGACCCAGCGGAGCCCCCGCGGAGCCGACGCACCGCCGCCGGGCAGGGGCCGGCGUGGAGGGCGGGGGCGGGGUUCGCCCUCGCCCAGAGCCUCGCUCUGGUCCCUCCCUGGAGCGGCUGCCAAUCAACGGAGCGAGAAGCCGGGUUGGCGGAGGGGAGGCUGUUGCCCAGGAGCCACCGCCCCGCCUCUCCGCCCCCUCACCCUCCUCCUCCACCCCUCCUGCCCUCCCCCGGGACCUGAGUAGGGGCGCAGCGUGGGAAAGGGAUGGUUGAAUUUUAACCGGAGGCAGAGCGUGAGCCGGAUCAGUGUGUGUGCGGAACGCGAGCCCCCGAGCGCGGAGAGGCGCCGCUGCUGUUAACUCCUCCCUGCCCGCCGCGCCGACCCUCCCCCGGAGCCCCCGCGCCGCCAGCAUGAAGCGAGCCCACCCCGAGUACAGCUCCUCGGAUAGCGAGCUGGACGAGACCAUCGAAGUGGAAAAGGAGAGUGCGGAUGAGAAUGGAAACUUGAGUUCGGCUCUAGGUUCCAUGUCCCCAACUACAUCUUCACAGAUUUUGGCCAGGAAACGACGAAGAGGCAUCAUUGAGAAGCGCCGACGGGACCGGAUUAAUAACAGUUUGUCUGAGCUGAGGCGGCUGGUACCCAGUGCUUUUGAGAAACAGGGAUCUGCUAAGCUAGAAAAAGCCGAAAUCUUGCAGAUGACCGUGGAUCACCUGAAAAUGCUGCACACUGCAGGAGGGAAAGGCUAUUUUGACGCACACGCCCUUGCUAUGGACUAUCGGAGUUUGGGGUUUCGGGAGUGCCUGGCAGAAGUUGCCCGUUAUCUGAGCAUCAUUGAAGGACUAGAUGCCUCUGACCCCCUUCGAGUUCGACUGGUCUCACAUCUUAACAACUACGCCUCCCAGCGGGAAGCGGCCAGUGGCGCCCAUGCAGGCCUUGGACACAUUCCCUGGGGGAGCCCCUUCGGACAUCACCCGCACGUCGCGCACUCCCUGCUGCUGCCCCAGAACGGCCACGGGAACACUGGCACCACGGCCUCGCCCACGGAACCACACCACCAGGGCAGGUUGGCUUCGGCACACCCGGAGGCGCCCGCUUUGCGGGCGCCCCCUAGCGGCGGCCUCGGACCGGUGCUCCCUGUGGUCACCUCCGCCUCCAAACUCUCGCCGCCGCUGCUCUCCUCAGUGGCUUCCCUGUCGGCCUUCCCCUUCUCCUUUGGCUCCUUUCACUUACUCUCUCCCAAUGCACUGAGCCCUUCGGCACCCACGCAGGCAGCAAACCUUGGCAAGCCCUAUAGACCUUGGGGGACGGAGAUUGGAGCUUUUUAAAGAACUGAUGCUGUAGAAUUGAGGGAAGGGAACACUUAACAAUCCCAGCUGAGCUGGGCUGUUGCCAACAUCACCAUAAAGUCGUCAGUAAAAGUAAAAAGGAAAAAGGUACACUUUCAGAUAAAUUUUGUUGAAAGACUAAAGGUUUGUUGGUUUACUUUUUCUUUUUUUUAAUAUUUUUUUAUCAUGUCAUGUAUUAGCAGUUUUAAAAAACUAGUUGUUAAAUUUUGUUCCAAACAUUAAACUGAAAUAGUGAGUAUAAACCAACACUUGGUAAUAGGUUUGUUUAUGCCUCAUUACUUUGUAAACCUCUCUUAAGAAUGAUUCCAUUUUUGCCUCAAAGUUUGGGGAAUUUUAACAUUUAGUAUUUUGGUCUGUUUUUCUUUUUGUAUAGUUGAAGUCUGUUUUUAGAAUUAAUUUUCCAAACCACUAAGUUCAAUGUUAACAUGAUGCUAUUUGUUAAUAUUUUGACAAGUAAGGUGUUGUAUAAAUAAUAUUCUUUUGCGGGGGGUGGGGGAGGAUCUAUGUUGAAUUUUAUAUUUCUGAACAAAGCGUUGACAAAUCAGAUGAUCAGCUUUAUCCAAGAAAGAAAAUGAGUUAAUUCUCUUCCUCCUGCAGCAGUCAGGUGAGUGUAUAAACCAUCAGGAGCUCUGAGUCCAUAUGACCAACUGCUGUCAUCUGCCAGGAUUUGUCAGUUCUGGCUUAGGUAGGAGAGAGCCACUUGUAGGCCAGAUCCCCAUUUGGAGUUGGUGGGGAGGAGACAGAAGGUAAUUGCAUAGAAUAUGCCUGCAUUUACUGGCCCCAAGCAAUGCAGUGAAGUUGCAAUCUCAGAUCUCAAAUUCACAAGUGUUGACAUGGAUAAGUGAUCUCGGGGUGCAAGCAGUCAAUGGAACAGUCCAGUGGAACCUGUUAAAUGCAUAGCCUACUUCUUCCCCGGAACUGCUAGGUUUUCUUUUAACUGGAUAUUUUUAUGUUGUGUUUUCCUUUUCGGUGCAUGGAAAUGUGGUUAUUGAGAUAUUCAAAAGGGCUUUGCGGCCUUCUUUUGGUUUAAUUUGGUUCAGGCUAGAAAAGCAUCAUUUUACAGGUUUAUUCUUUUAGCAGGUGUAAUGUAAACAACCUCCACUGAACUGGGUUUGGCCUCUGUUGUAUUGAUGUGUUGUGACUAAAUAAAAAAGGAAGAACAAACUGUUCUGCUGUAUAUGUCUUACAAGCCUUGGCCUUUCCCUUUAUUGGCUCAGAAGAGAGAAAUUUUCUCUCAUUUUCAUUUUGCCUGGCCACCAGUUUUCUUAUGUUGAAUGACUUCAUUAUUUUUGGAAUUCUAAACGGUGUGACUUUGCUGUUGAAGAAGGUGACUGCAUUACGGAGC